AGGACUUUCAAAAUGGCGGAUCAACGCGUGUCGUGCGGGAGAGAUUUUUUCUGUGUUCCUGACCUUGCUGGAGCCUUAAGGAACGCUACGAACGGAGGGUAUGGAAUUUAUAAGUUACUUCUUUUAAUAGAAUUGUUUCUUUGAAAAUAAUAGACAGAGAUCUCUUACAGCCAGUAGUGAAUUUAGGUUUGACAUGGAGGUUGAAUAAUCACAUGUGCAAGACUUGCAUACUGGAAUUAUCCCAAAAGAAAGCUACUAGAUCACAUUUUUGCGAGGAGGAACGUCUGCGACUCAGCGACAGAAAUUCCAUACUGAUGACGUAAAUCAAUGUUUAACAUAAUAAAUCCUGUAGUCAUGGGUUUCCAAAUGCAAAUUUGUUCAAUUUUACAUUUCUCCUGGUCGAUUUUGGUGAAGCGUUGUGUUCAUCUGCAAAUGAGCUCCAGUAAAACUCAGAUGCUACUUUUAGAGAAGACUAUAUUCCACAAAUAUUGACUGUUUUGUUGGAGAUUCAUCACAUUUACAUUUGACCUUUGCGGCCUUUUGUCUUUUGUCUGUCAUUCGUAAACAAUAGCUAAAACAAUGAAACUACUCCAUCGACCAAUUAGCGGAUUCCAGACAGAUUUUGCAUCAUCAGUAUAGAAUUUCUGUUGCUGAGUCGCAGUCGAUCUUCCCCUUUUUAUUAGAAAUAUAUCUUCAGUUAAUGCUUUCAAGAAGGCUCUUAAAACUCAUUUAUUUCAGAAGGUGUUUCCCAGCUAAUUUAUUGUUUUUAUUCUCUUUAUUAAGAAGGAUUUGUAUAUAGGAUUUUAAAGAUUAAUUUUUAUUUUUAAUUGUUAUUUUUACUAAUUUUUAGGAACGAUCUGUAAAUUUUGUUUUUUUGGAAUAUGUACUAGGAUUUUAGGAUUUUGUUGAGUCAAUGUUAUGCGCAGAUGAAAAUUUCUUUCCCUGGAUUGAUAUUUGCGCAAUACAAAUCAAUAAAUAUUAUUAUUAUUAUUAUUAUAUUAUGAGGAAGAGGUUGAAAUAUCGUCAAAAUAAUUUGCUUAAAAAAAUCUCAUGCCUCUGGUUUGUAUUUUUUUUAUUAAUAGUCAGUUAAUAUUCUUCGAGACAAUAAUAUUAUGUCCACCUGAUUAUUUUUGUGCCCUCCAUUAGUUAUCAAGCUAUGGAAACCGCUUAGCUUUUGUACAAUGUUCUUUGACCUCAGCAAUUUCUCUAUGAGGGUUGCUCCCAUUCUUCAAAUUAAAACAAUAAUGCAGGACACUAAAAUUCGUCCCCUCUCCAUUUCAGGUUUGAUUUUAUCUGUGUUCCUAUCUGCCAUCCAAGAUACCGCAGAGAAUUCUUAGAUCCAGUUCCCAACAGAACAGGAGCAUUCACCCGUUCCGACUUGGUGCUUCCUAGUCAAGGUGAUAAUAUUGCAAUGGACCUCCACUGUACAUAUAGGGCAAGUCACCUACCAGUGAAAAGUGCUGGUUGAAUGGUAUAAUCAUGGCAAAUUUUCAGGCCUUUUGGCUGCAAGCUGUAUUUGAGGAUGUCUCUGGUCACUGCCCAAAAGUAACUUUCAGCAGAGACUAGCAACAGCUGGAAAUAUGUCCGAGUUUAAGUUUUUGACUGUGUUGUAUCUUAUCAACUGGGAAUUUUUACUUUUCUUAAAUGAAGUUACUGCUUUAUCAGAGUGAGGAAACCAGGCCUUUUCCCAUUUGCUGUAUGUCACUUUGUGACAUCUGAACUGAACUGAAUAUGCCUUUUAUUGACUUGUAGAUUGGAAUAGCCUGAUUGUUGGCAAAAUUUCACCGUGGCUUGACUUGGAUUCUUCCAAUGAGAUUGUGCGAAAGAAUUCAGAACUAGUAAGUUGCCCUAUAAAGGGAUUAGUUUUGUUGGUGUAGAGCAGUUUUGCAUCCACUAAAGACAUGUAAAACGUACAGUUGGCAUCUUGAUAAUGGAGGCUCUACUUGUAUGUUACCUGGUAGGAAUAUAUAUAACUUAAAGAAACUCAAAAGUCAGAGCUGUAAGGAGAGUCUUGGACUUAACUAAGAAUCGGAACAUUUUCUUUUUGUCCAGUCGUGCCUAUGAAUUAAAGGAGUUGUCAUAGCUUGUAUGCGGUUUCUUACAUGUGUGCAUGCUUACUAGCAUGCUUCGUGUGACUUGCUCAUUGAUGAAAAAGACUUGUUGAGUUUUCUACACUGAGUGUUGUUGAAUGUGUCAAUAUCCUGAGCCGAAACUACAAGAGUAGUCAGUUAUGAUCUGGCGUAAUCCAGAUUGUUAGUCAGAGCUGCCAGCUUUGGAAUUGAAAAUGGCCAAAUUCAAACCACUCACAAUUAUAGUGUUCAUUCCCAAUCCCAUGCACUGUGAUUAGUUAAGUUCUUUAGGUUCUGCUUGUGAUUAAUAGUAUACAAUAGAUUGUAAGCGAAGUAGUGGAAAACAGAACCUGAACUCUGCUCUUGCUAAAUCUAUACUUGUACUUGCUAAAUCUGUAGUUGCUAUAUAUACUCUGCGUUUCUGAUUAUGGCUCCCAUUUCAACUCUGUCAUUAGUGAAACCAGCCUUUAAGAUAACAAAGUAAACUACGCACAGCAUUGCUUCAUGAAAUGUGAUUUUGAUAUAUUUUUCUUUCUGCAGGGAUUGCAUCAGGAACUAUGUUAUUCAGUUCACUUGAGUCUUCCUGCUGUUCUUGUGCCUCUGAAGAGUUAUAAGUGCACGAACCUUGCACAUCACAUCAACACAAGUAUAAAUGACACACAUGUACAACAGGUUAGUUCACUUUGACAUCCUGGUCUUAUAACCCUGUCUCAAAGCGUCACUGAAAAGCUUUGACAUAGAUGUUGAAUCCUGGGAGACCAUGGCCCUAGACCGGCCUGCCUGGUGUAGCAAAGUUAACAAAGGCACUGUCCUCUACAAGCAAAACAGGAUAGCAGGGGCUCAGAGGAAGUGUGAGCUGCACAAAUCUAAAGUGAUCUCCUUGACACCUACUCAAGAAACUUACCAGUGUCCGGAAUGUGGCAGAGCCUUCUGCGCCCAUAUUGGAUUGAUCAGCCACAGCUGGAAACACAGCACCUAAUCCCUCUCAACGUGAUGUUCUUGGUCAUCAUCAACUAUGACCGAAGAGCAAUUUAACCCUGAUCAGCUGGUACAUUGUAUUUGGAAAUUGUAGAGUGGUUUUAGCUCUACCUCAGGACUCAAACAGCUCAAACUUGAAGUACAUUGUCCUUUUCACCAUUUUCAUCAAUUUCACUACUUUACGAAGAGUGCAUAGCGUCAAGUCUCCUUUAAAUUUUUUGUCAACCCUAUGGUGAUUUUUUUGCCAGAUUCACCAAUAUUAUUUUGCCAUUCCAUGCAUUACUGGCCAUAAUUGCAUUACCCUCAGGUGAAUGCUGUGACUACAGCAUUUUUACAACAUCAACAUCAAUUUUCUCCCAAUGAUAUCCAUACCCUAUCAAGAGAUUAGGUUAUGAGAAUUAAUAAACUGAUCACCAAGUAGAAAUGCUUUGAUCUUUUGUCAAAUUCUCUUAACUUAUUCUUUAAGGAAAUGUAUAGAGACUAGUUUGGAGAAAUUGUUUGUAAUUAUUGGGGAUGAAAGGGUUAAAUAAUUAUAUGAAGCAGCUUGGAGUAUUGCUUCUCCCCUUGACCAGAAUGCUGGAACAACAGGGGCACAUUCAAAUAUUUUUUUAAAGUAUGAAAAUAAUGAUCAGGUGCUCUCUCUUUGGUAGGAAGUUAUAACAAGGUUUUUUUUUAUGCAGGUUUGGAUCCAUGUUCCUAUGAGGAGUCCAGAGGAUGAAUGUGAAAGACAUUUGUUUGUAGACCAGGUAACUUAACUGUUUAACAUCACAUACACAGUAAUGCAUGUUGAAGGAUCUUGGUGAUGUAUCUGUCACCUUGUGGUUGUAUCGAAGCCCACUUUAUGGACCACACCCACUUAAUGAGGACACCUCGUUAUUACAUACAGUUUCUAUGGUGCCGUCAGUCUCUGAUCAACAAGGUUUGACUGUAUUUCAGUUAUUUUCCCUCAUUUGUACAACGGUACAACAUUUAUGCCUCUCAAGAAAAUCUAGAACAAUGAAGCUAAAACUCAGACCCUAACCUUCUGUCAGCAAAAACUAUUUCCUGAUCGAAAAGAUACAAUUUUACUGAUGGGUUAAAAUAAAUUUUGUACAGGUUUUUUAAAACAUUCCACCCGCGAAAAGAUAAUGUUAGAGGUCAAAUUUGAUUUCAGGUUAAUUUUCAUUUAACCUAAGUUGAUUCUCAAUUCCAAUGUCUCCUAGCCCUAGAAGACAAAGGAAAUUAAGAAUCAACCUAGGUUAGAAAAAUUUUAACCUGAAAUCAAAUUUGACCUGUAACAUUGUCUUUUUGCUGGUGCAACAUUUUUAAAAAUCUGUGCAAAAUUUAUUUUAACCCGUGGGUAAAAUUGUACUGUUUUUUAAAGAAUAUUGUACUUUCUGCUUCAUCUCAGCGAUCUUUAUUCGUAGUAAAUCUAUUUUUUCAGGAAGAAGUAGCAGUGACCAAGUUUGACAAAGAUCCUUGGGAAUGGUAAGGUUUAUUAAUGGAUUUGUUUUGAAUUUUUUGGAUAUUCUGUAGUAUAUUUAUACAGUACUUACUGAUCGGGAUAGUAUUAAUUUUUAUACAGAUUGUAUGAAGAUGCCACUAUCAUUUGUUGUCCUUUCAAUAAUGUUCUUUCCUGUUUAGUCCAUAAACAAGUACAAGCAUUGAUGGUUUUAGUCACACAACAAGGCAACCAUUCUGGUGGACAAAACAAUAAAUUUUUUUUGCAGAAUUUCCAUGAUAAAAAGAGAGUCCAGUUCCCAGUGAAGGAGUAUUGGUUUUGUUUUUGUCCAAAAGUGUGAACACCAUGACCUUAGCUGAAAACCAGCUAUACAGGUUUAAUUACUGUUUGGCCCUGAUGCUGGUGACCAUUUUUUUUUCAAACUGGUUUUUACAGAACAUUGAGGAAGGUCAUUUUAACUGUCUUUUUUUAAUAAUUUGUAGGUGGAACUUGUUUAGAACUAUUUGUGCAAACAGUAGAAAAGUUGGUUUGGGUAAGUUCUUAAGUCCAUACAAGGAUACAGACCUUUCCUGCAUUCCUGUAAACAAAGGCACCAACUCGAGGCUCAGGUGGAAAAAAUACAGUGAUUUGUACGAAAUUGACCACUCGAGCCAUUGCUGGAGUGUAAUGCAGGAAAGGUCUAUUGAUGCAUGUAGAUUGUACAGUUUACAAUGACCGCUACACAUUUAAGUCUGACAAUUUCUCUUUGGUUAUACACUUUUUAAAUUCCCUAUUAUGGACUGCUUGUUACAGCUGCCAGAGGUUGUGAGUUUUUGGCUGGUUCAUGUGGUAAAUUUUUGGGCUCUACAAUAUUUCUACUCAACGUUUACCAUUAAGCCCACAGCAUGAGUGAUCUGAUGUAAGUCAAACCCAUAUCAUCCGUACAAUAAUAAUAAAAAUAAUAACAAUAUUAUUUAUUAAUAUUUACAAAGUUAAAGAUCAUUAUGAUAUUAAAAUUUACAGUAUAUGUUAACAAUAAUGAUUACACAAUAAGAGUUCUCUGUACUUGUUUGGCUGAAAUUUAUGACAAAAAUAUUAUAUUUUGUACACUCUCUACUAGCCUUGGAGAUUUCUGCUGAGUUGCCUUCAGAGGAAGAGUUAGAAAGAUGGUAUGGAGAACCAGUAAAAGCAGCAAUCCUUCCCACAAGUUUAUUUCUAACAAACAAGAAAGGUACAAAGAAUUGACUCUUUUAUUUAAAGUUCAUCUGGGUAAGAAGAAGCCCAUAUUGCAAAAUAUAUAAUAAGGCUUUUUGCACGUAUAAUUAUGUGCAAUCACUCCUUCUUGCAAAGCCACCUGUCAUAAAUAUUAAUUAAUUUUAUAUAUUAUUAGAAGUGGCCUGCUGUGUUCUUACCAGACCACGGCUUUGCAACAUUGCCACACUUUUUCGGGAACUGCCGCACUAUAAUUAGCCCAAGGGAUCCCAAGGGCACAGAGAAGGAACAAAAACCUAUUACAAAACAUACGUUAUAAGCAUACGUACACAUACGUACAUUUCCUUAUAAAUAUAUAACCCAAAAUUUAAUUGGUUAUGGCAUCUUUAGAAACACCCAUCAUUAUCUACAGUGUAAGACUCAGACCUGUGGAAAUGUUGAGUUAACUGUAUCUAAAAAGUGUGUCCCACUUUUCUCUGUCAUGACCGCACCCUUUUAGCUUCUUUAUGGGUCCUGUGGACCUGAGUGUAUGAAAUCCUGGUAAGAACACAGGUGGACUGUGGCCAUCUCUUAAAGAUUAAGUAACCACUGGUCCAAAAUUCCUGGGCAAAGAAGUGCAGUUAAAACCUGCCUUGAGCUCAGAUGCACUUCCGUGAAACGACCACCAAAAUUAAUCUUGACAUGCUGGGCAGUGGCUUCUUGAUUUUAAAGUUUGACUGUAUUAAUCUUUGCUCAACAUUAUCUGAUUGUUAGGCUUUCCGGUUUUAUCAAGAGCUCAUCAAGCACUUGUUAGAAGGUUGUUCAGGGUGAGAAGUUCUGUUGUGAAAAUUUCCAUUGUAGUAACUGUUUUAGUUAAUUUUUGUAUCCCAUUUUGAUUUUGCUUGUAAUCACUCAAUGCAUCUGUUCAUAUUUCAGUUGAAUGCACAGUUGAUUUUGACUGGUGUCAACAAACACAAAGACAAGGUAGGAAUGUACAACAACUCAAUACCAUUAGAACUUCCAUUAAUUAAACCACUUUGACUUAGUAAAUAAAUCUAUAAAGUGUACAUUAUCUUUGUUAAGCAUUCUUUCCAGGUUGCCAUCGUGGAAAAUCAAUAUUGUCACCUAACACAACAAAGAUUUCCCAUCAAUCUCAUAUACCCAACAGAAUUCAGGCCAUAAAUAAGCAAGAGAAAUGCCACUUCAUUGUGCUCUGUUCUUUCGCUAAAAAAUUUUUAAUAUACCGGUAGUUCAUUUUUGAAGCUUUAGUUCAGUUAUAUUCUAUGUAUUAUAUGUUAUCAUGUUUCUUUGCUUUUUGUAUUUUUGUUGUCACUUCAAUAUAAAUAUGUUUACAAUGAAUUAUUGUACUGUUUGUGAAGUUGUUAAUAAAGUUUAUUUAAAAAAAUUGUCACCCAACACAAGAGCCAUCAUUCAUUCAUUCACUUUAUGGACCAAAUUAAUGUAGUUAACCAAGGUUUCUCUUCCAUUGUUUACAUUGUAGGGACUGGGAUUCUACUACCAAUACCUUGCCCAUCUUUACCAGGUACGUGAAAAUAAUUACUGUAUUAACUGGUUUUUGAUAACAAAACGAGACUUAAAAGUUGGCAUUAAGUUGAAGCUCCCUUCAGUAAUCACCCAAAGUGUGAAGAUCUAUGUUAAUUGUAGUUAAUUUUUUAUCUCAGGUAUUUUUUAUUUUUCCUUUUUUUGUCUCCCUUGUUUGGUGAAUAAAGCUACUUGUUUAAUAUAGUUAAAAAAAUGUGUAGAUCUGGUUUUCACUGCUUACAGGAGGUGGUUGCUGAAGAGAUUCAAGCCACAAGGUAGAAAAACAAAAAGGAUUAGGGGGGACUGAGGAGUGGGAGUCCAUUAGAAUAGGGGGGAGAGGGGUACGGGAGUGCAGGAAAGGUAAGGAUGGGAGGUGGGAGUGCUAAAAGGGUGAGAAUUGGGAGAAAUAGAGGGAAAUUAUGCAACAGUGCUUAGUAUUUAGCAAUCAAAAGAGGGUUAAAGGGAGGAAGCCAAGAAUUAAGGAGUGGGAGUAGGGAAUAGAGGUUUGGACACCCAUGUAACAUAAAGAUUUAAAAGGUUUAAAGGCUUGUUUAUAGUGGAAAGUGCACUUAGCUUAUCCAGCUAUAGUUUACAGGCACUCCAGUCAAAUACUUAGAGACAAAUAAUUCAAAUACAACAUAACACAAAGGGAUUAAAAACCUCAACUGGUAGGAGGCAAUCAGUUGGCUAUUUACAAGCUAGUGUGGCCAAGGAUUUGAACUUGUGACCACCAAGAACAAAUCCAGUAACUCACCAUAGCGGGACUCGAACCUGGGACCUCUGGGUUGUGAGUCCGACGCGCUGACCACUCAGCCACGCUGCCUCCUGUGACUUUGGAUGUGGCGGUGUUUUGAAACGUGCUAACUGUUUCACUUACACUGUAGGUCAUGGAUUUUUCUUUUUUAUAGCCUGGAAAACUCCUGGUGAUUCAAACAGACCCUUCAUGGUAUAAUGAUGAUAUUGAUGAAUGUUUGUUUUAAUUAUUUCUUCAGACCCAGCCUCAGUUGGACAAUGUCAGUCAGUUUGCUAAAGGAUAUGAAGACUACUUGCAAUGCCCUCUGCAGGUAAGAAAUGUAUUGCAUCUUGCUUUAAAUUUUAGGGCUAAAAGCUCUACUAUUCACCAUCAUUUGCCAUGCUACAUGUAUAAUCAGCAUUUAUUCUAGUAAUUCUUCUGAGUACUGGGGAUAUUGAAUCCAUGGCUCAAAAAGGGUACAUUUUGUACCUUUGCUGAAAGAUAGAGGUUAUUUUUUCAAAAUGCAGGAAAUUUGUGAACAGUUACGUGACACACCAUGUGAGUGAGUCCCAGAUCAAGAAUUGGCCUACAGAAUUGAUGGCUCUUAUUGUAAUGAUCUACCAUCAUCAGGGGCACCCAAGGACUGUUUUCUGUGAACUAUUUUUUUGGAGGCAAAUAUUGCCUAGAAUUUUCUAAUACUUGAGGAUGACUAAAUAUUUCUAGAUAACUGUUCCAUUCAUGGACAAUUUUCGAAGCUUAUCUAAUAAAUUCGCUACGAUUUUCUGAAGUUUAAUUUUCAAAUUUUGCUUCCCAAGUUAGGCUGUUUUUUUUGUAGAAAAAAGAGAACCUAAAAUUUUGGGAUUCAAAAAUGUGAUGGCUAGAGAAAUAAGAAAAAUUCUCAUUUUCUUAAUGCAGCAAAUUUCAUCAGAAAAUUUUCGGGAAAAUAAUACUCAAGCCCUUGAAAUUCAGAGAAGACUCAAUGACUGAACAGAUAAAAAUUCAAUGGCGCAACUUAAUAUGCAUUUCUAGAGAUCUAAAACUGCUCUGGAUGGCCUAAAAAGUGUUUUCAAUGUGGUGCCCCUGCAUCAUAAACAAUCGCACAUUUUUGUAAAAAAUAAUAUUUAACCAAAUAAUAGUAAACUCUUUCUAUAACAUUAAAUCUCCUUUAAAGGGUGUCAAAUUAGUAGAUUUUUAGAUAAUGUGUCACACUGGAAUAUCUCUUUGUGUCUGUUAGGAGGCAAAAAAGUGCAGAAGCGUGCAACAACAUACCAUACAAUUGGAGGAUGGGGAUAGGGGUGGGGGUGUAGUACAAGUGGGUGAAUGAAAGCUGUAUAAUUUUACAGAGUUGUCUGAUUUUUCUGUUAUUAUAUUUCAGCCUUUGAUGGACAAUCUAGAGUCUCAAACAUAUGAAAUAUUUGAACGAGAUCCUGUUAAAUAUAGAGAAUACCAAAGGGUAGGAUAAUAUUAAUUUUCUCUUGUUGGUUCUUUAAAUGUAUGUAUAAUUAGUUGUAAUCUUUUACUCUUUAUACCGUAAAGAAUGUCAGUGCAAUUUUAAAAAAGGAUUCUUUAGCAACAGUUAUUAUUACUGCUAUUUUGUUUUUUAAUACUGAGUACUUUCGCCAGUGUAUGCUUUUCAUGCUCUAUAAACUACAUCACUGUGUCCUCAAAUGUGUACAUGUCCCUCUUCAGUUUCACUUAGGACAUUUUUAAUCUUAAAAAUAUCAUGUCUCAGACUCUUGUCAUUUAUAAAUUAUUUCUAUGCUAGUGAGCACAAGUCUCCAGAGACCAGUUGUAUAAAUCUGAACAUUGGACAUAACUAGUAACAUCAGCCCUCAGCCAAGUCAAACUCUUUAUUUUGACUCUAGACAUUAACAGUUCACUUGUAAUUUAUUUCUAUGCUAGUGAGCACAAGUCUCCAGAGACCAGUAAUUGUAUAAAUCUGAACAUUGGACAUAACUAGUAACAUCAGCCCUCAGCCAAGUCAAACUCUUUAUUUUGACUCCAGACAUUAACAGUUAUGUCAGAUGAAUGGUUUUAUCCAGCUUACCCCUUUAGCUCAAUAGUAAACUAUCUAGACUAGCUAGUGACCAGAAGUUCAUGGGUCUAAAACCCUCUGUCAGCUGAACUCACGUUGUCUCACUGACUGAAAUAAAACAUUCUCAAUUGCAGGCAGUUCAUCAAGCAUUGCUUGACAGAGUUCCCGAGGACCAAAAAGAUUCUGUUGUGACGUUAGUAUUGUUAUUUUGUGUAACAGUUAUUUCUUGUGGAUACAAUCAGUAGUGCAACAAUGAACAUUCGAAGAAGUUGUGUCACCUUUGUCUUGCUCAUUCUGUUAACAAUUGUUAUGCACCCAUAUUCGCCCUGCAGCUUGAGAAAUUACUUGUAAAUGGCAAAAUCACAGCAUUUUGGCGAACAGAUAUGUCUCCUAAGCAUUUUAUCAAAUGUUACAAACAACAAAAAUGAACUUUGAACAGCUGUUGAGUUUUCAAAAAACACAAUUGCAAUCUGUUUCAAUCUUCUUCAAGUUGGUCCACCAGUUCCUUCUUUUGUAUUUGCUGUGUUAUUUUAAUGUUCUGAGCAGUUAUAUUAGUGUUUUACUCAGUUUGGUGGCGUUUCCCGCUGCUAGAAUUUUCAGUAUGUUUCGUGACACAGCUCGUUUAAUUUAACCCUUUAAGCCCCUAUAUCUACAUACAAAUUCUCCAAACUGAACUCCAUACAUUUCCUUUAAGAAUUACUUAAGAGAAUUUGAUAAAAGAUCAAGGCAUUUUCCCUUUGGUGAUCAUUUUAUUAAUUCUCAUAACCAUUCCUCUUGAGAAUGUAUGGAUAUUGUUAGGAGAAAUUUGAUGUUGGUAACUAUUGGGACUUAAAGGGCUUUAAGUUAAAACUGCCAGCCGUUUCGUUGUCAGGGUAAUUAUGGUAGUUGGUGCUGGGCGUGGUCCACUCGUUCGAGCCUCACUGACAGCCGGAGAGGAGUCAGGACGAAAGGUCAGAGUGUAUGCAGUGGAGAAGAACCCCAAUGCUGUAGUCACGUGAGUGUUUCUAUCUUGUUGUGUUAGGAUUUUCCACAUUCCACUUCAAAUCAAGAAUUUAAUUGUGUAGCAAUCAACCAUGGGCUAAUACCUACCGUAGGAGUCUUCUGAGGGCAGAAAAUGUGCGCUCUGAAGUCGCCUAUGUCACAGGCAUUGUCAAAUUCAUCUUUGUUCUUUUUAGCACCAAAGUGUGUGGGCUACGGACAUCCCCCCUCCCCCCUGCUCCGUCGCCCAUGCAUAGAUGGAUACCUCCUAUAGAUACUGUAAUAAAAAUUGAUCUUUGAUAAACUGGGUAACCAAUGUUCUGUGUGAGCUGAAUGCAAAACCUGUUGAUGGUUGACGCUUGCUCAAGUACAUUUUAAAGCUAACAUUUGGCUCUUCUGUAGGUUGGAAACUUUGAAAGAAGAAGAGUGGAACGGUGACGUCACUGUUGUGUCAUGUGACAUGCGCGAGUGGGAUGCUCCUGAAAAGGUAGGAUUUUAGAGUAGUAGUGGCACGUGAUCUUAUGGCUGUCAAAUCUUUCCGUGAAUUGAUAUUCUUGGUUUAUCCUCAGGCUGAUAUUCUUGUGAGUGAGUUGCUGGGCUCAUUUGGUGACAACGAGUUAUCUCCCGAGUGCUUGGACGGAGCGCAGAGUUUUCUUAAAGGUUAGUGAAAUUUCGAUAUUUUAUGGCCCAUCCAUAUAUUUCGAUUUAUUUCCUUAUUUAUUGCGAGAGCAAGGUUUCAAGAAAACGUAGCUCAGUUUACUAGUAUCCAGACCCCAUUCACCUUAAUAGAGAGCUUAAGCAACAAUGACGAUGACGACAGCUACGAAAAGGUCACUUAAAAAAAAGUGAAGUCGCACUGCUUCAAACUUUAUCGAGCUUAUUCCAUCUCGUUCAAUUCGUCAAAUGUUGGCAAUUUUUUUUUUUAUGACCAUUUGUGAUAGAGAAAUAGGCCCGUCGCCGUCGCCGUUGCUCAAGUGCCCUAUUGACUCUAAACGACUUUGACAAGAGUGUGUACGCCUUCCUCUACAGUCUAUAAAUCAACUGACAAAGUAUAUGCCUCAAAUAACUUGCAUCUUUUUCUCCUGGGCUUGAGUCGUUGUAGUUGUGAUUUUUUUUUUUUUUUUGCAGACGAUGGAAUAAGUAUCCCGUGUGAAUACACGUCCUUUCUGGCUCCAAUAGCUGCACCCAAGUUGCACUUUGAAGUCGCUCAGAGUAACGAUAGUGGUAAAGGACCAUCGGUAAUAUUACAUGCAACUCUUAAAACUCUUAGAUCAAGAGGUGUUUUCUCCAUGCUGUGUUCCAUACAAUUUUUAUGGUGCUCAUGAGGAGAAUUUUCGUCACUAGCAGGAUAUGUUAUCUUUGAUGAUCGUUUCGGAUAUUCUCAUGACCUUGACUACUUAUGAAGUAUUAAAUCGAUUAAGCGCCCAGCCUCGAAUAAGCGCCUACCCCCUUACCGCCUAGACUUUCCACAAGUCGACUGCGUGAGUGGGCUCGGAGCGAGCGAAAGCGAACGGCGAAAAACCAGCAGAAAAACCGGAAACGGGCUUUUAGAAAGUCUACCUACCACCCCUCACCAAAAAAUAAUUGACCUCACUAACACUGAGUGAAAUAGACCAAGUUCUACCCUGAAGACAAUAAUAAUAAUUAAUAAUUUUAUUGAUUUGUAUUGCGCAAAUAUCAAUCCAGGGAAAGAAAUUUUCAUCUGCGCAUAACAUUGACUCAACAAAAUCCUAAAAUCCUAGUACAUAUUCCAAAAAAAAGACCGAGUUUUCUUACUGUAUUUCAAAGAAACUUUCAAUGAACAGUUAAAAUUCCGCAUUGGAACAUUUUAACGUUUUGUUGCAAAAUAUAAUUACUACUGCUGAAAAUUGUGAAAAUGUAAUAAGCGCCAACCUCGAAUAAGCGCCCACUCUCAAGGUCCAAAAAUUUUACAAGCGCUUAAUCGAAUAAAUACGAUAUCGUAGGAGAGGCAAAGACGAUCUGCUGGGUAGCUUAAAGGCCGUAAAAUCUACACCUCUUUUUGUGCCUUUUAAAAGCGAGUUGAAUGUACAGUAAUUUCAGUCAAAUACAACUCGCAACUAGCCCAGCUUUUAUUCUUGGCCUCACCGGUUAUACAAGUUAUCCGUUUGUACUGAUGUAUCUAGCAAGAAUGAAGUCAUUUUUUAUUAAGAAGUUAUACAAUUACAAAAAGGAAUCAAGAAGUGAUGAUGGUUCUUAUUAGGGUUGAUUUUGGAGAUGAAGGGCGCUUUCCAUUCAACCCAAAAUUCCAGAAAUUUCGGUUGGUACAUCACAUGGAACGGACCAUUUCGGUUUGCUCCGACCGGAAUAUUCGGGACCAGCUUUAAAGGUGGUUCACUUUGACCUGCAUGUCUGGCCAUUUACGUCCGUCGGAUCUAAAUGUUUCUUUCCAUGUGACAAAAUUGCUUUCCCCAGUACCGCUCUUUUGUAUCCUGCUUACAAGAACAAUAACCAAACGCGCGGUAGCUUGGGUCGGGUAUGUAAAACCGAAAUGUACCGUUCCAUUGAGCACGUGAAAUUUCCGAAAUUUCAAAUCGGAAUUUUUGUUGAAUGGAAAGCGCCGGAAAUCAUUUGAUGUGAACUGCCACUCAAAAGAAUUUCUUUCGCAGUUUGACUUGUUACACUUGCUCCUAUACAGAUAUUUUGAUAUUUUGCCCCAUCGUCAAUGUCAUUUUCCGGAUCAUUUUACGUUUCUGUGAAACUGCCCGCCUACCCCUCCCCGAAGCCAAAAUUUUGCCCUAAAUAAGAACUACAGGUGCUAAUGUUGGUUUAGGGGAGGGGUAGGUGGGCAGUUUCACAGAAACGUAAAAUGAUCCCGUUUUCCUAUCCUUUUUUCGUAUAUUUAUUUUACUGACAUUUGUUUUUUGUAGGCUCCGUUUGAGACCCCCUACGUGGUUCGACUUCAUAACGUUGCUGUGAUAGCACCUCCUCAGCCCUGCUUUAUCUUUUCACAUCCAAACAGAGGUUUGUGAACGGUUUCAAACUACUCAAGGUUUGGUAAAACGAGCAAUAAAAACGUGCAACUUGUUUUGCAACAUGGCUGCGAAACAAGUUGAAAUGCUUUGUUGCGCGUUUUACCACCCAUGUUCAAACCUGUCUUGCGACAAAUCAGGUUGUUGCAGCUGCCUCGUACCCAGACGUCUCUCUCUCGAUGAAAAUGUGCGCGCAAAGGAAGGCGGGAAGGAUACCCUUCCCAUGGUCCCUUGCGGUUCAUCACCAGUCACUCGUGUUUCGCGCUCGCCUCUACGACGAGAAAAACGAAGCGCCUGAGGAGGAGGCUGUUGUUGCAGGUUAUGAAAAUUUGUUGCAGAAAGUAGAGAGUAAAACGGUGGUAAAACGCACAGCAUCGCUUUUUAACUCGUUUUGCAGCAGUGUUACAAAAACAAGUUGUACGUGUUUGUUGCCCACUUUACCGUAGCCGAACCAGUUACCAGUUUAAGAUACCACGACAGCGACGGCGGCAAAAACGUCGCUUAUAAAAAGUGACUUCUCGAUCUAUGAAACUUUAGCGCGAUUAUCCCAACUCGGUCGCUAUGUUUUAUGUAGGCGAACUCUCCUGGAGUUGAAUUCAUAAGAAAAAUAUCCAGGUUUACAAAGAGUAAGAGAGAUUCGUCGUCGUAUGUUCACGUUGUCGAUAAAAGGUGAAAUUAGGCAAUUCACGUGGUAGUCGUGCAGUUACGGCAAAGAAAUGUACAAAAAAGCGUGAUGCACGUGCAGAGUUGUUGUGUUGUUAAUCUUAACCCAUUGCUUUUUGACAUUCUCGUUGCCGUCGCCGUAGUGGCAUCUUAAACUCCCUAUUGCGUGAAGCUGAGUAUGAUAUGAAGAAUUAUGCCGAUCAAGGAUCGAGGGUUUUCUGCCUCAGCAGAUAACACCCUCCAAGUACGACAUAAUUCUUCAGAUCAUACUCAGCCUUCCCUAAUAAUUGCUUUAUUAUUCAUUCAAAAUUAUUAAUACUUUAAAACAUGCUUAGCUCUUCCCUCAGGCUGUUAAGUUUUUGUCUUCAUUUGUCCGUUUCUCUCUCGACAAAUUCAGCGAACAGGCUCCACUAGAGGCGAGGUGAGUGCAGCGUGGCUUGGGGCAUCAAAACAAAGUCUACAGGCUCUCUCGCCAUUUUUCCUCCCCCAAGCCACGCUCGGCUCGUUUCGCUCGCCUGUUCAUUUUUUCCCGCACAUUGGAUAAGACGGACCAAUCACAAUACAAAUCAUACCUCCUGUUCUUUGCCUUCCAGUUGAGAGAAUCGACAAUUCACGCGUGAAAUCUUUAGAAUUCGAAGCUAAGACAAGUUACACAAUGCACGGAUUCGCUGGCUACUUUGAAACAGUACUUUACAAGGACGUCACUCUGAGUAAGUACAAAUCAUAGAAUUUUAGUAUUGUGUGCUAGCCAAAACGUUAACUUUGCACAGCCUAUUAAAAAGGCACCGGGUCAUUAGAAAGAAAUCGUUGAAGACGCAGAGAAGUUUUGAGGGGAUAGCUUAGUUAACCUUUGUCUCAGUGAGUGUUUUGAAGCAAUGAGAAAAGAUGCUAACGAAAGAACUCAUGAACUUUACAGUCGAGGUAUCACAAGUGUACCGAUAUAUUCAAAUUUACUGAUAAUAUAAUGUAUUUACCACACCGCGUUUUGCCAUUGUCGCGUAGGUUUGUUCGCUUACACAUUUUUAUGCAUCCUCGGAGACCCAGGGGUCACCCAGGGGUCGGGAGAAAAGGCGCGACGGAAGUAUUCAAGCGCGGGCGGAAGAGCCCCUGGCUACCGACUCUCACCGGAUCAUUUCCAAACGGUCGAGUGAAUGCUGGCUCCUGAUUGGGCACAAAAAAUGCUUUGUAUUAUUGUGCCCAAUCGGCGAACAGCAUCGCCUAAGUUCUUUUUGUGUGUCCGUACACGACUGCUAUAGUCUCGCCGUACUAUAUUGUACUUGUCCGGUUCGUUGUUCACCAUGGUUGUGCCCAAACAGAAUUCAGCAUUUGCUUGACUGCUUGACCCGACUGACUGCCCCUGGGUCUCCGAGGAUUAUUUUUAUGCUGCACUUUCGGAAAACAUCAAGUUCCCUUGUCCGCUGUUAUCUCUAUUCCCUUUAUAUUUUUCAGGUAUAAGACCAGAAACUCAUUCAGAAGGAAUGUUCAGCUGGUUUCCAUUUUUCUUUCCUAUCAAGGUACGUGCAGUUUCGACAAACUUAAGCGGCACGUGACAAACCUAAACCAACCCACAACCUAGCUGGUUGUUUCCAUCCGCCAAAUUGACAUUUUCCUCUCAGUGGCUCUCACAAGACAGUUCACUUUUCUUACAUGAAAUUUCUCUGUCUCUUGAAUUUUCUGUUCAUAAAAGUCCAAGUGUCUUCAAUUUUGAAGGAAAAAAAAAAUUGAGGAUUCGAUCUCGGAGCAUCGGCUCUGCAGUGCAUCACUAACCCCUACACCACCGAGGAUUUGCUGAUAAGUAAUGGUUUGAUUUGAAUAUAUAUAGCAACAACCCCUAACCCUAACCCUAACCCUUACUUUGUGUACGAAUCAUAAAUCUGUCAACGUCAGUUUGGCGGAUGGAAAUAAGUAUUGACCGGCCUUUGCUGGUACCUCUCGCAUGCGCACAACCAUAUCACCCGGGCAGCGGCAGUCAUGAUGGACUGCUGUUUCGCCUUUGGUUCUCAUAGUGCCAUAUUGAGGCCUGCGUUAUAUGAAAGCCCACUAGGCGUGUACUAUUUUUUGCGGUUUGGUAAACAGCUAUGGCAUUACCGACACCGAAAUGCAUAUUUUUUUUUAGAUAUACCACAUACGGAAUAACCAUCGGUCGAAAAACAUCAUACAGAGGGGCAAAAUAUCGCGCUUGUGAGCGAAAUGUUUUAGCUCUGAUGUGAAAAGCAAUCUUACAAAACUUCUCGGUCAUCUUGCGACUUGAUCGAUCUCGCUGUUAUUAAAAUUUAGUGACCGUCCUUACAUCUUGGGUUACAUGCCUAUAAAUUGAACAAUGUAUGCCCGCGAUCUAUGUUGACGGAGACUGAAAGCAGUCUUCCCUUAUCGUAGGAAGUAAACGUUGUAACUACAUUUCCUUAAGUUAAUUUUAUAUAAGCAAGCCAAUUGUUGACUUUUUCCGCUGACGCCAUGUUUUUCUUAAUUUAAAGGAACCACAGUAUGUAACUGCGGGCUCAACAAUAGCUUGCCACUUCUGGAGAAAGUGUACAAGGAAAAAGGUCUGGUACGAGUGGUGCUUAUCUCGCCCCACCCCUACCCCUCUUCAUAAUCCUGGAGGAAGGUCUUACGUCAUAGGCCUUUGAAACAGACCAAAUAUUCCGACCGAUUAGUUUUGGUUUGUCUAUAUUUUUUAAAAAACGCUUUUUUCAAUAUGUAGAAGGGUAAGUUGAAACUCCUUCUCUUGUAAGGCUUACACAGAUAUUUGUCUUGGUUUGUGUCUUAUCAGAAGGGCUGUUGUUCAAUGAAUCCUUAAUGAUUAUAACAUUUAUCCGGAUUAAAUAAAGUG